AUGGUGGCGGGCGGCGCCGUGCGGCUGCUGCCGCUCCCGCGUCCCCUCCUCAGCCGGGCGAGGGGGACGCUGUCCGCUUGGGCAGCUGCGGGGCGCGGCGGCGGCGGCCGGCGGGCGGGGCGUUGGGUCGCGGUGGCUUUAGCGGUGCCCGCGGCGGUGCCCGCUGGGACCGGUUGGAAGGAGAGGCCGGGACAGCGGGGACCGGUAUGGGUCGGGGAGCGCGGCCCGGAGCGGCCACGUUUGCUGAAGCGUUUGGGCCUGGUGUUCCGGUUGAGUCUGAGGGCCUGCGGGUUGCUGCUGCGCUUCGGCCCCCUGCUGCUGCUCUACCCGCUGAGCCGCCUGUGGCCCCGCCUGGGCGCCCUAUGGCUGCGGCUGCUGCGGAGAGCGGCCGAGGCUGCUGGCCCUACCUGCGUCAAGCUGGGCCAGUGGGCCAGCACCCGGAGGGACCUCUUCUCCGAGGCCUUCUGCGAUGAGUUUUCCAAGCUGCACGUUGAGGUGAGCCCACACCCGUGGGGCCACACUGAUGAGCUCCUGAGGAAGGCGUUUGGUGAGGACUGGACGGGCAUCCUCAAGUUUCAGAGCCUGGAGCCGGUUGGCUCAGGCUGCGUCGCCCAGGUGUAUAAAGCCUAUGCUGACCUCACGGCCAUCGCUGGCUGCCAGGCCAAGGAAGCAGCACGACGCUGGGAGUUCCGUUCUGCUUUUGAAGCAUGGGAAGUCUCAGGCUUUAGAGGUCUCCUCAGGUGGCUGAGGAGGAGGAAGAGCGAGGAGAUGCGGGAUGAGAGGAGCAGGGAGGAGCUGAGCCCAGCAGACUGCUCCCGGGGGAGUCCUGUGAGUGGGGCAUCUGUUGUGCAGCAGAUGGCCAAACCUCUCCCGAGUGCAAAUUCUUCAUCUGCCAGACAUCUCACACCUGUAGCCAUCAAAGUCCUGCACCCUGGGUUAGUCCACCAAGUCCAGAUGGACCUGUUUCUCAUGAAGAUGGGUAGCCACAUCAUUGGACUUCUCCCUGGAUUCAAGUGGCUCAGUUUGACUGAGAUCGUGGAGGAGUUUGAGAAGCUUAUGAUUCAGCAGAUUGACUUACGCUACGAAGCCAGAAACCUGGAGCGCUUCCGACAGAACUUCCUAGAUGUUGAUUUUGUAAAGUUCCCAGCUCCCCUUUGGCCUUUGGUAACAACAGAUAUUCUAGUGGAGACAUUUGAGGAGAGUGAGCCUAUUUCUCACUACCUGCAUGCGGGGAUUGCCACAGAGCUGAGGCAGAGGCUUGCAAAGAUGGGCAUGGACAUGCUGCUAAAGAUGGUCUUUGUUGACAACUUUGUCCAUGGUGACCUGCACCCUGGGAACAUCCUGGUCCAAGGCACGGCCCACUUCAGCAGCAGCUGCAAGGAGCAGACAUCCAUCGUGGACCUGUGUGACACGCUGGUGGUGGAAGUGAAGCCAUCCCUGAGGCAGCUCUGCCUGGUGCUGCUGGAUGCAGGGAUUGUGGCAGAGCUGCAGAGUGCUGACAUGCAGAACUUCCGGGCAGUUUUCACUGCUGUGGUACAAGGGCAGGGGGAGAGGGUGGCAGAACUGAUCCUUCAUCACGCCCGCGCUAACCAGUGCCAGGAUAUCGAGCGAUUCAAAGCUGAGAUGGCAGAACUCGUGACCAGGGUCCGGGGGAACACCAUUGCCCUAGGAAAGCUUCAAGUAGCAAAUCUCCUCUCAAAUGUCUUCAAACUCCUGAUGACCCAUAAGGUGAAGCUCGAGAGCAAUUUUGCUUCCAUCAUCUUUGCCAUCAUGGUUCUGGAAGGUCUUGGACGCUCACUGGACCCUGAACUGGACAUCCUGGAGGCAGCUAAACCAUUGCUCAUCAAAACUGCAGCUUCAGUCCUCCAAUAGACUCUUGUGAGUGCCGCCCUCUCACCGUGCAGGGUUACCUCAGGCAAAGGAAGAAGCUGAAGGUGAGGAGUCACAUGGCACAGGGAGGUGCCAUGCAGUGGUUACUCUCCAUUUUUGCUGCUUUCAGUCAAUUCAGCCAAUCACCAGGUGUGGGAUGGAAAAAGGCCAUUUCAGAAACCAGGAAGACUUUUUGCACAAUGUGGAGUUCUAACUCAUUACACAGUUCUGUGAGCUGCUGUGCUCUACUAGUUUUUAAAUCAACAUAUCAUGUAGUUUAGGUGCACAAGAUCACUGCAGCCUAAUGAGAAGAGCAGUUUUACUUGUAUAAAAGUCUUUAAAAAUGUUAACUGAUCAAGUCUGUUUUGCAAUACAUCAGGUUAAAUAUGUACAAUUAAUGUACUGACUUAAUCUGUCACUGUGAUAUGAGAAAUGAUGUUCCAACACCACUGAAGCUACUAAUUCAGGCUGAAAAGAAGCUAAUAAACCUUUUUGGGUUUUGUACUUUUAACUUCUACUUUUGUUGUAGAAGUGUCCUGAGAUCCUGCUCAGAGUGGUCUGUUAUUAAUCAUUUGGGAUGAUAAAAACAGACAAGUCAAUCUGAUUUUUCAAAAUUCCAUACUGUAGCACAAUAUCAUAGGAGAUUAGAUUAUAAACAGCAAAAGAAAAUAUUUGCUUAGGUGGAAAAGCUAAUUCCAUAAUAAAAGCAACUUUUGGGAAUA